AUGUGUGGAAUUUUGGAAUGGUGUGGUGUUAACCGAGUCCUUUGGAUUGAGUCUGCUGUUUCUCAGUUACCUGAGUCUCAGGGGGAUCAGUUCCGUUGUGAAGCUAGUAUUUUACUAAAGAAAAUUCCCACUCCUAAACCUAAUCUUAGUAAAGAGGAAACCAAAGCAGUAUCAGUCCUUGGGAAAGACGGUACUGUAAAGAUUUUGCCCGCGGAUAAAGGGAAUGCCACGGUAGUUCUUGAUACUGUGACAUACGAAGAAAAAAUGUUAGAAACUUUGCAAUCUGGUAAAUACACCCAAUUGAAAAAAGACCCCACAGAAACUUUCGAGCGUAAAAUCGCUACUACUCUAAGAAAACACAAAAAGUUUUUUAGUGACAAACAAAGGACUCGGUUAACACCACACCAUUCCAAAAUUCCACACAUGUACGGGUUACCUAAGAUCCAUAAACCUAACGUUCCACUGAGACCGAUAGUUAGCUCCCGUGAUUCUGCUUGUAGGGAAUUGUCUAAAGUCCUUCUGGACAUUUUAAAGCCUUUAGUAGGAAACACUGAUUCGUUUAUCAAAAACUCUAAAGAUUUUGUAGAAAAGUCUAAAUCUAUCGUACUGGCUGAUACUGACAAGUUGGUCAGCUUCGAUGUUGAAAGUCUGUUUACGAAUGUCCCCGUUUCGGAAACCCUAAAAAUAAUCGAGACUCGUCUCACAAACGACGAUACUUUAGCAAACAGAACUAAACUCCCUGUUAACGUCAUAAUGGAACUUUUGGACUUGUGUACUCAGUGUAACUAUUUCCAAUUAGAGGGUAAAUUAUACCGUCAAGAUGAGGGUAUGGCCAUGGGGUCACCUUUGUCACCUAUCUUUGCCAACAUCUUUAUGGAGGAGUUUGAGCAAAAAGCUUUGGCUUCAGCUCGGCUAAAACCGAAGAUAUGGUGGAGAUAUGUCGAUGACACUUUCGUGGUUUUCCCUCACGGAGAUGAUAAAUUGAAUGAGUUUUUAGAGCACCUUAAUAGCGUUUCAUCUUCCAUAAAACUAACCAUGGAGGUGGAAUCGCAAAACAAACUCCCCUUUUUGGAUGUGUGCGUAGAAAAGCAUUUGAACAGUCUUAGAACAUCUGUUUAUAGAAAGAAGACACACACAGGGCAGUAUUUAAACUUUCAAUCAAACCAACAAAUUUCUGUCAAGGAGGGGGUUGCUUACUCUCUGUUUGACAGGGCUAAGAGCAUUUGCUCCAAUCAGGAUGAGUUAAAGGAUGAAAUAAAGAAAGUAGAACAGGAUUUGGCUAGUAACGGAUACCCUCGAUCCAUUAUAAGCAAAUGCAGGAAAGAUAGGGCUACGCGUGAACCUUUACAAAAUCGCAAGGAAAAGCUCGUCCACAUGUCAAUCCCGUAUGUGUCAGACGGACCCUCUGGCCUCGAUUAA